UCUGUUUUUCCCUCAUUUUGAUUGCGUGUCCAACGAUAUGGAAGAGACAACACACAUCCUCCGAUCAGAAUGCGCACGUUCCAUUACACUGCCAUGUUCUACCCCCCCCCCCCGCGGGUGACACUGGAAACCCGCUAUAUUAUCCGUUUUCUUCAAUUGAACAUACAUAGUGAGCUAUCGCUAGGAGUAAGCCGUAUAGACCUUCAUGGUGCCAGUCACCAGCAGUAGACACUAUGUAUAUAUGGUUUGUCUGCACAGUGUUCAAAAGCAG